AUGCACAUGCUAGCGGCCGCCCGAGGAACAGGUAGGCUUGUGAACAGUAGCAGCAGAAGGUGCAGGAUCGAAGUUAGAUCUCUGCAAGCUGAUCGGAUGGACGCGGACGGCCGACAGCUGCUUCGGUUGACCUCAUCUGCAACACAUUCACGCUCUCUUUCUACCGCCGCUGUUGCCCCACGUCGCCCCUCCACCGCUCCUACAACUAUUUCUACAAAUACUUCUGCGACUUCAUAUAAUACAUCCUCUUCUUCUGCAUCUGCCAGAUUAUCUCAGCUGAACAACCAUAUACCUAAUAAGGUUUCUAAUAUUUCGACUGCUUUGAAGUACUCUACUACAGCUACAACUACUCCGGACAAAAUGAGCGCACAGGCCGAGCAUCCUACCGUCCUGAUCCCAGGACCCAUCGAAUUCGAUGAUGCUGUCCUCCAAGCAAUGUCGACUCCUAGCGAAUCUCACGUCGGCAUGCCCUUCGUCCACGUCUUCGGCGACACUCUAACCCAACUUCGUCAACUCUUCAUCACCAGCUCUCCAGAUUCUCAACCCCUAAUUCUUAGUGGCUCGGGUACACUAGGCUGGGAUGUUGUCGCCUCGAACAUCAUCGAACCAGGUGAUGAAGUCCUAGUCCUCCACACCGGAUACUUUGGAGAUUCGUUUUCAGACUGUUUGGCCACUUAUGGUGCUAAACCUACACAAUUGGGAGCACCGAUCGGGUCUAGACCGAGUCCUCAGGAAAUUGAAAAUGCAUUGAAGGGGAAGAAGUAUAAAGCUGUUACUAUUACGCAUACUGAUACCUCUACUGGUGUGUUGUCGGAUCCUAAAGAGGUCGCGGAAGUGGUAAAGAGGGUGAGCCCCGAGACUUUGGUGAUUGUUGAUGGGGUUUGCAGUGUGGGAUGUGAGGAGAUUAGAUUUGAUGAGUGGGGGCUGGAUGUGGUUUUGACAGCUAGUCAGAAGGCGGUUGGUGUGCCUGCUGGGUUGUCGAUUAUGAUGUUGAGCGGACGGGCUAUCGAGACUUAUAAGAGCAGGAAGGUACCACCGGGCAGCUACUAUGCUAGCUUGAAGAAUUGGUUGCCGAUAAUGCAAAACUAUGAGGCUAAGAAACCAUCCUACUUCGCCACCCCAUCCCCACAGCUAGUCCGCGCACUCAAUACUUCCCUCACCCAAAUCCUCUCAGUCCCUCUCUCCCAACGCUUCGAAGAACAUAAAGCGGCUUCAAAGAAGAUCAAGGACGCAGUCACAAGUUUUGGAUUAAAACAGUUGGCCAGUGAGGAGAGGUUCCAAGCCCAUGGUAUGACAGCAGUUUGGCUGCCGGAGGGUCUUACACCAGCGGAUAUUUUGCCGCAUACAGCGAAGGAAGGGGUUGUCUUCGCUGGUGGGUUGCAUAAGCAGGCUGCGACGAAGUAUAUUAGAAUUGGAAGUAUGGGCGUUUCAGUGACGAACCCGGCAUUGGGGCACGUUGACAAGGCAAUUAAUGCUUUGAAGACUGGAUUGGUAGCUGCAGGUUAUCAGUUGCCGUGA